AUGCAGCUGGAGCUGAAAGCCAGGGAGCGAACUCCAGAAACGGAAGCUGCCCGACGUGCGGAGAAAGAGCGGCGGAUUGCGGAGGCCAUCCGCGAAUUCCAACCACCUCCCGUCGUUCCUGUUCAUCCGGUGCCUACAUCAGAGGCUGAACGAACAGUGGUGGACAGUGGUGUGACUGAAAAGACAAUGAGCUCUAUACCUUCCACACCCAAACGUGGGCGCGAAAGUCGCGAUUCUGGUCGACCGGCAGCACGCGAUUUCGAGGGUAUGCUGAACCGGAAACAUGAAUGGCAAAGUGGUGGCAAAAAGGCUCCUUCACGUUCGUGGCAUGAGCUUUACUUCAUUCUCUCCGCCUCUGCUGGUACCCUUUCCGCAUACAAGGAACAACGUAUUGCUAAAGAGAAACCCAGUGAACUUUACCGACACGAAGCUCCUGUCAGUUUGGCUGGGGCAUCUGCCGCACCCGCGUUCAACUAUGCCAAACGUCGCUUUGUGUUCCGCUUGAAAUUAGCUAACGGAGGCGAAACCUUAUUCCAAGCGCGCUCAGAAGAAGCCAUGCACGAAUGGGUGCAGGUAUUGAACGCCGUGAUUGCUACUCUACCCGCCGAAGCCGUCGAGUCUGUUUCUGGACCGGGUGGACGGGCUGCUACACUUCCUUCGGGCGCCGCUCCGGAAUCCCACACAGCGAGCAGCAGUUCUGCGGUACCAGGGAAGAAGAAGUUCUUCACAUUGGGCCGAAAGAAAUGA